CUUGAACAUGGCUACGGAAGUCGCAUCGCAGCCUGCUCAAAGUGUCACAGGCGAUCGCUCAAGAUGGAAGCACCUGGACACGAUCCUCUCUCGCAAGGGAGCCUUCACAGACGAUGACUUUGUGCCCGGCGAACGUGUUGUACAGUGUCUUGAGUCAGCAAAGAUCCUNNCGGAGCUGGCGGUCUCGGAUGCGAGAUCCUCAAGAACCUUGCCCUCUCUGGUUUCAAGAACGUCGAUGUCAUCGACAUGGGCCGACGUUGGAUCAUACAAGGCCGAGGUGGCUGCACGCUUCGUAGAGAGUCGCGUUAAAGGAGUCAAGAUCAAUUCAUACUGCGGCAAGAUUCAGGACAAGGACGAGGACUACUACCUCCAGUUCAAUAUCAUCGUCUGCGGUCUGGACAGUAUUGAAGCAAGAAGAUGGAUCAACGCGACUUUGGUCGGCAUGGUGGAUGAGGACAACGUCGACAGCCUUAAGCCCCUGAUCGAUGGCGGCACUGAAGGUUUCAGAGGACAGUCCAGGGUCAUUCUGCCCACUGUCACAAGCUGUAUCGAGUGCCAGCUGGACAUGCAUGCGCCUCGCGCUGCUGUUCCUCUGUGCACUCUUGCUACGAUCCCUCGCCAGCCUCAGCACUGCAUCGACGGUGAUGACAGCAUCUACACAUACACGUUCGAGCAUGAAAAGAAGGACGACUGCCCCGUGUGUGGCAAUCUAGCCAAGGAGAUAUCGGUUAAGAGGGAGUGGACUCUGCAGGAUUUCCUUGAACACCUGGCCGAGAGACCCGAGGCACAGCUCAAGAAGCCAUCAAUCCGGACAGAGGAAAAGUCGCUCUACUACUCGGCACCUCCCAGUCUCGAGGAGCAGACUCGGCCCAACUUGAAGCGCAAGCUGGACGAACUCUUGGCUGAUGGACAGGAAGUCGGUGUUAGUGACCCUGCCUUCACCAUCGACUUCAAGUUCAAGGUUCGCUUCACC